CUGUCCUAUCCUAAAUUCUCUCUCACUAGAAACCUUUGUAAAAGUAAAACCUCAAUUUUAGGCAACUCUCUCUCUCAGCCCUUUAUAUCUGGACCCUCAUUCUCCGUCAUUCUUCUUCACAUAAUUAAUAUUCUCUCUUUCUGGGAAUAUGUCGGCUUAAAUUUCAAGUUCUUGAUUUUUUCGAAAUCUGGUCAAAUUUUGCGGUUUUGCAGUUUAAAUCGUGCGAUAUACGUAUUCGUAGCUAGCAUAUGCUUGUUAGUAUAUUUUGAUUGGAUAUCUGAAACUGUUGAUUUGUUUCACUUGAAGAAAGAUUUGUUUUUUAUUUUGUUUUUUGGGUUUGAUUCUGUUAAGAAGAUUGUUAUGGGUUGUGUUGGAGUCGGUCUCUGCGAUUAGAAAACAAUUGUGGUCAUUUUCUUAGGGUUUACUUUUUAUUCUUUUCUAUUUGGGCAUUUUCCCCAGCUCUGAUUGCUGGCUUGAAUAAAUAAGGCUUUUCAUUUCUUGAAAAGUCAAAUUUUAGUUUUUAAUUCUCUUGCAUUACUUUGUCCUCUCUUUUAUAUGAAUCUUAUUGGCUUUGAAGUCCACAUUGGAAUAGACUUCUUUGUUUAGCUCAUUCGUAGUUAUUUGUGUUAGAGUUCGUCUUGCAAUAGGAAAGUUAUCAGAGUUUUCUUUGCUACAAAUUUGGUGAUAAAAAGGUUGAAUUGAAGCUUUGAUCACAUAUUGAUUUUGUAUGCUGGUUGGCCUAUUUUAGUUAAAAGUUUUUGAUUCUGCUGGCAUAUUUUCGAGUUUUAAGGGCUGAGUUUUAGCAACAUGGAUCCGAAUACGAGUGAGGAAUUGAAGGGUGUGGGAAAUAGUAGUAGUAAGAGCUUGUCGGAUAAGAGCGUAGGAAGCAUUAGCAGCAAAGAUAUGAUUUUUCGGGCGGAUAAGAUUGAUCUCAAGAGCUUAGAUUUGCAGCUUGAGAAGCACUUGAGCAAGGUUUGGUCUAAGAAUUUGGAAACUCAGAGCAGCCAGAAGCCGAGAGAGGUGUGGGAGAUCGAUCCUACUAAGUUAGAACUUCGAUACCUUGUGGCUCAGGGAACCUAUGGCAUAGUUUACCGGAGUACUUAUGAUGGUCGGGAUGUUGCAGUUAAGGUGUUGGAUUGGGAGGAUGGCACAAAAACAGCUGCAGAAGCUGCUGAAAUUCGAGCAUCAUUCAAACAGGAGGUUUCUGUUUGGCACAAGCUCAACCAUCCAAACGUUACUAGUUUCAUUGGUGCGUCAAUGGGGGUGUCACAAUUGAAAGUUCCUCCAAAGAAUCCAUCCGAGGGUUACACAAACCUUCCACCAAGGGCAUGUUGUGUUGUCGUGGAAUUUCUCUCCGGAGGCACAUUGAAGAGCUACUUAUUCAAGAAUCGAAAAAAGAAGCUUCCCUUUAAAGUUGUGAUCCAGCUUGCUCUGGACCUUGCACGAGGGUUGAGCUAUCUGCACGCGCAAAGGAUUGUACAUCGUGAUGUCAAAGCAGAAAACAUGCUUAUAGGUGCUCAAAGAACACUGAAAAUCGCUGAUUUUGGUGUCGCUCGUGUUGAAGCUAAUAAUCCGAGCGACAUGACUGGUGAAACCGGAACUCUAGGCUACAUGGCCCCUGAGGUGCUAGAUGGGAAGCCUUAUAACCGGAAAUGCGACGUAUACAGCUUCGGUGUUUGCUUGUGGGAAAUAUACUGUUGUGAUCUGCCUUACAACGAUUAUAGCUUUGCUGAUAUUAUGUCAGCUGUUGUUCGACAGAAUCUACGCCCGGAGAUCCCACGUUGUUGUCCUAGCUCUCUUGCAAGCAUCAUGAAACGGUGUUGGGAUGCAAACCCGGACAGACGGCCGGAGAUGGAUGAGGUUGUGAGGCUGCUCGAGGCAAUCGACACGAGCAAAGGCGGCGGCAUGAUACCGGAAGACCAAUCAGCAAGGUGUUUCUGCUUUGCUCCGACUAGAGGCCCAUAAAAGAUUGUCUAGCUUCUCCUCUGUUUUUUCAGCCAUUAAUUAGAUGAAUUCCCAUUUGUGAAGAUAGUUUUCUUCAUCUACUUUUAAAGAUUUAUGGAUUUGUGAUUUUCUUCACAAUGCUAUCUAUUUGCCUUCA